UCUGGAGAGAGAAACCAAAAAUAGCGAGAAAGGAUAGAGAGAGAAAGGAGCAUGGGUAAGGUAGGCGGAGGAGGAGGCGGAGGUGGAGCAACGACGGCGAAGAAGAAGAAGAAAGGCCGUCCUUCUCUUUUAGAUCUCCAGAAACGGGCUAUAGAACAACAGAAAUUGCAAAAUCAAGAACAAUUACAACAGCGGAGAUCCAAUCGCCGGAACCCUAACUCGACUGCCAGCGACGUCGGUGAAGAAGAGUACUACGAUGACGAUGAUGAUGAGAGGAAAGAGAAGAAAGUCAAGCUCGUUGUUCGUUUGCCCCAAUCGGAUCAGCAACAACAACAACAACAUUUCUCGUCUGAUUUAAUUAGAUCUUCCUCUCUUAAUUCGGCAUCUUGUGGCUCUGAUUCGAAUGCUGAUGUUGAUAUUCGCAAAAUUAAAUCCGGAUCUGGUGGUGUUCUCACUGAUCAUCAGGGUGAAAAGGUUUUGAAAGCGAUGGACACUCUUCAUGGGUCACCAUUAGAGUCUGGACCCACAACACCUUUGCCAGACAAAAAGUUGUUGUUGUUCAUUCUUGAUAGGCUUCAAAAGAAGGACACUCAUGCAGUCUUCUCUGAUCCUGUUGACCCUAAUGAGCUUCCAGAUUACCAUGAAAUUAUCAAGCAACCUAUGGAUUUUGGCACUGUUAGGAGAAAACUUGAUGAGGGUCUUUAUUCAAAUUUGGAAGAAUUGGAGGCAGAUGUCUAUUUGAUUUGCUCAAAUGCAAUGCAGUAUAAUUCAUCUGAUACAAUAUACUUUCGACAGGCGAGGUCUAUACUAGAGUUGGCAAAAAGGGACUUUGAGAAUCUGAGGCAAGAAGGUGAAGAUGGAGAAUUACAACCAAAAGUGGUGAAAAGAGGAAGGCCACCUGGCAAGCAUGUGAAGAAGACACCUGGCAGACCGCCAUUGGACCGUGUUGGUCCUGAGUCAACCUCAGGUGCCACCCUGGCAACCCCUGAAGACAAUACAAACGAGUCUACUCCUUAUAAUUUACGAAAAGCGCCACCUAUGCUUUAUAGGUAUCAGCCUGAUGGUUUAUUUGGAUCGAAUCGUUCUCGCAAUGGUGAACAUUUCUCAGAAUUGUUGUCAGAUUGGAAUGAAGAGUUUCCAGAGCGUAUUCGGAAAGCAGACAUGAAAUAUGGGAAUAAACAUUUCAUUAUUGACGAAACUAGACGUGAGACCUACAAGCAAUAUCACCCUUCAGCUUAUGGUUUUGAGUCAUCUCUUUUAUCCAACUUUGGUGGGGAAAAGAAGCAGCUAUUAGCAGUAGGUUUACAUGCUGAGCAUGGUUACGCUAGAAGCCUAGCUCGAUUUGCUGCAAACCUGGGCCCCGUUGUGUGGAAAAUCGCAUCAAAGAAAAUCGAAAAAGCUUUGCCACCUGGCACUAAGUUUGCUCCCGGAGUCGUCGGUGAAAACGAUACUGCCCCUCCACCUUCAUUAUUCACCCCGCCCGUAAACCCGAGACAGCUGCCCGCUUUGCUGACCGAGAAUCCCCCAAACCGACCUCAAAUCCCAUUAAACCAACCGAAAGUAGAGCCGAUUGAUCCCGACCCGAAAACAGGAUCCGGUAGAAACGGUUUUAAUUUCGGAACUAAUCUGCCCGGGAAUUCAUCCGGGCAGGUGACCGACUGUGAGAAAGUAGGUGAAGUCGGUGGUGGGUCCGGGAAAUCAACUUCUUGGCAACAGAGUGAUGAUGGGAAAGGAGAGGAUAUGUGACAAAGACUGACGGAUUGGAAAUGUACCACUCUUAAAGCACAAAGUACAAGGGGUGAAGAGGUGAGGUGGAAGAGGAGGUAAUUUAUAGGGUAGGAAUGAUUCUGUACAGAUUAAAAUAUAACUGUCUUCUGAUAUCUUUGUAACAUUGAACUGGUAAUUAAUGAGAUUAUGAUGAUAAAAAAAAAACUGGAUUAGAAAUAAGUUAAAAAAAAAAGAGGGAGUAUUUUGGGUUUUUGAUUUUUUGGAUUUGUAAAUUUAUUAAUAUUUGGAGAAAAGUUAUAUCUUAUUUAGUUAUUUGGUAGGUUUUUAUUGACCCUUGGGGUUAUAUAUGAUCCAAGAGGACUGUAGCUUGUUCUUCUAACUAUUUAGAAUCAAAAUCAUUCUGCUUUUUAGCA